AUGAAAGACGAGUUUUCUUUUGUUGUAAGUUUAAGCUCCUGGAGAGCUAACAAUGCUUUUGUUUUUAGUAUUAGAGAUGGCACGGACAGGUUGCGUUUUGGCAUUCAACUUCUGCCUCAUCGAGUGGUGGUGCACACUGAUAAGGCCCCCAUAUACUUCAGCUAUAACUGGCAGGUCGUGAACCUCCACUCCUUUGCCAUUGGUGUCCGCACACACUCCGUGUCCUUUUAUGCAUUUUGUGGGACAGUGCAGCAGCAGGAGCAGACCCUUGGCAGAGCUCAGACACUGGGGGGUUCUGGGUCUGUUUUCACUUUGGGUAGAAUGAGCUACAAAGCGGUGCCGUUUAAUGGCCGUGUCUGCCAACUAGACUUGUAUCCAUCGGCACAAGCAGCAGCAAACUACUGCAACUACCUUAAAAAACAGUGUCGGCUGGCCGACACUUACCGAUCAGACUCACCUCCUUCUGUUUUGGAUUCAGUGGGUUAUGACUCCUUGUCACAAACUGUGACCACUGAGGGACCGAAAGCCAACGGCACAACUCUGUAUCGGCAGAAUCAUGGGGACAGCAUCGAGCAGCAAUACCCGGACGGCAGCUAUGACAGCACUGACGUGGGCGGAUACGACUAUGGCUAUGAGGACGGCGAGGACCUGUAUGUUUAUGAUGACGACUUCUUUGGCGCCAAGGGAGAGCAGGGUCCACCAGGUCCUGAAGGUCCCCCGGGUUUACCUGGUCCUGCAGGGAAAAGAGGUCCUCGAGGUCCCACUGGUCCACAUGGAAAACCAGGGCCACCAGGAUCAGCUGGACUAAAAGGUUCAAAGGGAGAUCCUGGGCUCUCACCAGGCCAAGCAUCACCUGGAGAAAAGGGUGACCAAGGGCCGCCGGGGCUUCCUGGUCCAAGCGGAUUUCCUGGACUACCUGGCGCCAAAGGUUAUCACGGGCCACCUGGGCUUCAAGGCGAGCAAGGAUUGCCAGGACCUCCUGGAGAAGCUGGGGCGGCAGGUUACCCUGGCAGGCAGGGCUCGGCUGGACCUGAAGGUAACCCAGGCCCCAAGGGUAUCCGUGGUUUUAUUGGACUUCCUGGUGUUCCUGGGCCACCUGGGUUGGAAGGAGAGAGAGGUGCCUCUGGUCCGGCUGGAAAACCUGGUCUGAAAGGAAGGCAGGGAGUGAUGGGUGACCCGGGCGAUAGGGGCCCUCCUGGUCCUGAUGGAAAUGAGGGCCCUGUUGGUGGGACUGGCAUUCCUGGUUUUGCCGGGCUAAGGGGGGAUCCAGGACCAGAAGGGCUACGAGGAUUGCCUGGACUGGUGGGAACGCAGGGCCCAGUUGGAAAAAACGGCUUGCCUGGAUUGAAAGGUGAUAAGGGUGAAGUGGGACUAAAGGGCGAACCAGGAGAGAUGGGGUACCAAGGUGACAAGGGAAAUAUCGGUGCACCUGGUCCUGCUGGUCCAAAGGGGAAACCAGGACUUCCUGGUCCAGUUGGUGAUAUUGGUGCACAAGGAACUCCUGGCCCACCUGGACCAGAGGGUUUUCCUGGGGACAUUGGAAUACCAGGGCCAAAUGGACCACCUGGACCAAAGGGUUUACAAGGCUCCAGAGGACCACAGGGACCACUUGGACCAAAAGGAAGUGAGGGUGACGAAGGACCACUUGGCCCACCUGGCAACACCGGCCCAAAUGGAAGACCUGGAAGAAAAGGGCACAUCGGGGAGCCUGGCCCGGACGGCCUGAUGGGAGAAAAAGGAGACCUGGGAAAUGGCGGAAAAGUUGGUCCACAAGAGUUCCCGGUGAAAAGGGGGACCGAGGACCACCGGGUCCAGCUGGAGCCAUUGGGGAGAAGGGAACAAGGGGUUACCCAGGGUUACCAGGAGGUCCUGGAGACAUUGGGUUACAAGGUGCACUGGGUCCUCAAGGACAGAGGGGUGGUCCUGGGAUUGCUGGACCAAAAGGCAGAAGGGGUCCACAAGGUCUCGAUGGCCCCCUGGGAGAAUCUGGCGCAGAGGGCAUCAGGGGUGAAAAGGGUGAUGUUGGAAAAAAAGGCGAACCUGGAUUCAUCGGCAAAGCUGGUCCACCUGGUGAAAGAGGCCUCCCUGGAAAACCUAGCUGAAGGAGCAACUACCUGUGUAUUACCUGCAGGGCAAGACAUAUCCUAUAAGAUUAGAAAACCAGGUAACCCAGGCCUGAUAGGGAGCUCUGGAGAAAGAGGCUCUGUGGGUGAACCAGGACCUAAAGGACCACCUGGGGAGCCUGGGCAAGAGGGAGAACAAGGACUUGAAGGUCCACCUGGUGCAGAGGGGGAAUCUGGGGCCGUUGGAGAACCAGGCCUGAAGGGGGAUGCUGGGGCACUUGGACCUGAGGGCGAGCAGGGGCCACAAGGAAUCAGAGGGCCUCCUGGACCUCCCAGUGAAGAUGGACCUCAAGGGAAAGAUGGAUCAAAAGGAGAGCCGGGUGACAAUGGGCCUAUUGGUGAACCAGGAGAUAAGGGAGAAGAGGGAGACCCAGGAUCCCCGGGGCCUUCUGGUGAACCUGGAAAACAGGGCUUCCGUGGUCCAGAAGGAAAACUUGGAUCCCCAGGAAACAGAGGACGGCCGGGGAAGAAGGGAGAGAGGGGGCCUCCUGGAGCUGCAGGGGAGAUGGGUGAGCGAGGGGAGUUUGGCCAAGCGGGCGAAUCUGGGCUGAAAGGUGCCAGAGGAACGCGGGGCACACCUGGUCCUCCUGGUGUCAUGGGCUUGGAAGGUCAGCCUGGUCUUUCAGGAUUCACUGGACCUAUUGGAAAGCUUGGAUCUAUUGGACCACCAGGGCCUAAAGGUGAAAAGGGAUACCCAGGAGAGGACAAUAAAAACCCUGGACCACCAGGAACCAUAGGUGAACCAGGGCCUGUUGGUGAACGUGGAGACCGUGGAGAGCCGGGUGAUGAAGGAUAUCAGGGCCACGUUGGUGUAGUUGGACCUCGUGGAGCUGUUGGGCCGCCUGGAUUGCCGGGAUCCCCUGGACUGGCCGGAGAACCAGGUCCAAAAGGAGAGACUGGAUUACUUGGCCCUGUGGGAAAGAAAGGUGCAAGAGGUCUGUCUGGAACACCUGGUGUGGAAGGACGCAUUGGUUUACCUGGACCCACAGGAGUAGAAGGUUACCCAGGUCUUGACGGGCCCCCUGGACUGAUAGGCCCCCCGGGGGCUCCGGGAAACACAGGAAGACAGGGUCAGAGAGGCUCGGUUGGACCAGAGGGACCACUGGGACGUCCUGGUCUGAGAGGAGAACUAGGGCUUCCUGGUCUUCCAGGGGAAAGAGGCCUGGAUGGCCUGAAGGGAGAUCGAGGCCUUCCAGGAGACAGUGGGGUUGCAGGUAUAAAAGGCCUGGAGGGCACAGUGGGUGACCAGGGAAGAAAAGGAGAUCCUGGAGCUAAAGGACAACCUGGGGGAUCUGGAAAUGUGGGCAUGGUUGGAUUGCAAGGAUUUAUUGGACCAAAGGGGCCGACUGGUGAUUAUGGACUGAAGGGUGUACCUGGCCCUAAAGGCCCAGUGGGAAUGUGGGGUUUCUCUGGACCUGUGGGCCCUGAAGGAAUGAUCGGCCCAAUGGGAAAACCCGGUCCAAGAGGUCCAAAAGGAAGUGAAGGUGAAAUGGGACCUCAAGGGCCCAAAGGCAGUUCAGGCCCCAGAGGACCACCAGGAGCCCCAGGUCCAUCUAAGCAGAUAUUUGAUGACUCGGCAGUCUAUGACCAAUUCGACACUACUUACAUGACUGAGGCUUUCCAAAACACUGAAAUGAGUCUUGUUGACCAAACCUCAGACAUCCUCAAGACCUUGCAGUAUCUUACCAGUGUGAUUGAGACCAUCAAAACUCCUCUGGGAACACGGGAGAACCCAGCGCGAAUUUGCAAAGACCUGCUGAACUGUCAACACAAAUUCCAAGAUGAUUGGUACUGGGUUGAUCCUAAUCUUGGCUGUACCACCGAUGCUUUCCUAGUCUUCUGUAAUUUUACUGCAGGCGGGCAAACCUGUUUACAUCCUCAAGGGCCAAAUAAGAUGUCGUUUGGUGUUGGAGAUGUCCAGAUGAAAUUCAUCCAUCUCCUGAGCACUGGAGCCAGCCACAGCCUCACACUCCGUCAUCUGAGAAAUCCUCUCCAUGUCACAGCAUCUGAAUCUCUACCCAAUGAUUUGACAAGACUAAGAUUUCGUGGAUGGAACAAACAACUAUUUCAAAAAGACACGCUCCUAGAACCAAAGGUUAUUUCAGAGGAAGAGGUUCUUCAUGGGCGCUGGCAUCAGACUCAAAUCCUCUUCAGCUCUCAGGACAGUCGUCAGCUGCCAAUAGUAGACGUCCUUGAUUUCCCUUCAUACAACUCAGACAGUCGGCAAGAAAUUGAAAAUGGCCCUGUUUGUUUUCUGUAA